AUGUGCCCGGAGGCCACGCAGCUCGUGGCCGCAGCGCGCAUCCUCCGCUUCCUGCUGCGGUGGGUGACACAACGCCGGGCCCUCAACGGCCUCCCGCCCCUCAGUGCGCCCUGGGCCCCGCCCCCAGCAGCAACGGAGAUGAGCGCGGCGGCACAGCGCCACAGCUGGAGGCGCAUUGAGAUUGCUUUGGCGAACGAGGACACCUGCCCCUUCGGCAUCACGCCUUUGCUUCUAGCCUCCACCAUCGGCCACCUCACGGCUGCGCAGUUCCUGUACGUCCGGGGCGCAAGCCCACAUGUGCUCGGCGGGCAGCCUCCGAUGUUGCCUGUGGAAGCAGCGGCGCGCCAUAACCAUCUGCGCAUCGUGGAGCUGCUCCUGGAGAACGGCUCCGUUGCCGGCAGAUCGUUGCACUUCGCAGCCGCCGGUGGCUCUACAGAUGUUGCCACUUUCCUUUUGGCCAAAAACUGUGCCCUGGCUGAGCUGGGCUAUAUCCCCCUUGGGAAUUAUCUUUUCUUUUUGUGUAUAUAA